UCGACGCGGCGCUGACGUGCGAUACGCUGAACUAGUGUUUCCACCGUGAAAUCACCACACCAGUGUUAUUUGUUUAUACCUAGUAUGGCUUUGAUUACAUGGCCCCGAGGAUCGGCCGUCGAUAGUGCGGUGUACUGUACGUGUGUAUGUGGAGUUUGAAGCGACAAUAUAGUGAAACUAGUCGGCCGUGUUCGUUUAUGUGCUGGAUUGUGAUAAAAAGUAAAUUGCUUUGCUUUUACGGCGGUCGGAAGUAUCGAUCGCAUGUUGAAACAAAGCCGUGGAUUGUUUUGGCGGCGUGGAGACCGGUGCCAGUCGAGGGCUACAAUGGUGUGUGUUCGCGCGGGGCUGCGGGGGGCGGGCGCGGUUUGCCGGCGCGCAUGGCGGCGCCAAUGAGGGAGGGCGCGCCGGCCGGCGGAGCUCGCCCCGCGCCCCACGCGCACCCCGCCAACUUCGAGUACGAUGACAACGAGUGGGACAUCGGCAUCGGCGACCUCAUCAUAGACCUCGAUGCCGACAUAGAGAAGACGGCCGAGGCGGGCGGCAUGGCGGCGCGCGCCGAACCCGACGCGCAGCGCACCGCGCUCAAGAUGAAGAUCAAGCGGACCAAGCCCGGCACCAAGAGCUCCGAGGCCAAGCACGAGAUCGUCAAGUCCAACGAGAUGAACGGCGAGCCCAAGCCGCAGCCCGCCGCCGCGCCCGCCGCCGCCGCCAAGCGCGGCUCGGGCGGCCACCGCCGCGACAAGGCGCGCGACAAGCACCACCACCCGCACGCGCCGCACGACGUCAACGGCGUAGCGCGCGUGCCGCCGCCGCCCAACGCGCCCGGCCCACCCGCGCCGCCCGCCGCGCCGCUGCCGCCCGCGCCCGCGCCGGCGCCGCACGCGCCCCACGCGCCCCACGCGCCCCACGCUCCCCACGCGCCACACGCGCCCCACGCUCCUCACGUGCCCCACGCUCCUCACGCACCCCACGCUCCUCACGCGCCGCAUGUACAGCACGCGCCGCACGCGCCCCACGCGCCGCCCCCGCCCGCCAAGCCCGAGCCCGACGACUCGCGGCAGGAGCACAACCCGGCUCAACCCCCGACAAAGAAACAAAAAACUGAAACUAAGGAGACAGCAGAAGUAUGCGUCGGCACUUCGGUGGGAACGAUCACCGAGCCAGACUGCCUCGGACCCUGCGAGCCUGGUACCUCGGUCACGCUGGAGGGCAUCGUGUGGCACGAAACGGAAGGUGGUGUGUUGGUGGUGAACGUGACGUGGCGGGGGAAGACCUACGUUGGCACCUUGCUGGACUGUACGAGACAUGAUUGGGCGCCGCCUCGGUUUUGUGAUUCUCCAACGGAGGAGUUGGACUCCCGGACACCCAAAGGCCGCGCGAAACGCGGUCGAGGCGCAGUACCCACGGACAUGACAAACUUUACCGAAACGCGCUCUUCAGUGCACAGCAAACUGCGCAACGGAGGCGCUAAAGGCCGAAGAGCCUUACCAUCUCCGACGCCUUUUACUCCCCCCAAACCGGAUUCCAAGAGAAAGAGGAAUUCAGACGCGGAAGAACGUCCGCCAACGCCUAAAGCGAAACGCCCUCCACCUACUCCGUCAUCACCACCACCUGAUCCUAUUUUACUGGAAUGCCCAGAACCGAAUUGCAACAAGAAGUACAAACACGCGAACGGGUUGAAGUACCACAGGUCGCAUGCGCACGGUGCGCCCGACGAAGACGACAAAGACGGCUCAAGUUCCGAGCAAGAGGAACCGACAGUUGAGCCUGCGUCGCCAGCGCAACCUCCUUCAGAACCUGCCACCCCAGCGACUCCUGUGAAAUCCCCCACACCUACCAAAUCACCGGAGGAAAAGAUUGAUAAAUCGCCUGAGAAAUCCCCUGAAAAGCCGGAUGUAGUCGAGUCUCCACCUCAGCCGAGGUUCGAGGAGUUCGCAACGACACCGGAGCCUCCGCCGCAAGUGGAAAGGCCGGUAACCCCUCCCGCACCAACUACUCCACCGCCUGAGGCUUUGCCCACGUUACAGCCGACAACACAAUUAACGCAGUUCAAGGUUAAACCCCGGUCAGCCCUAAUGCCAUCAGAAGAGCGCAAAUCCACCGAGUCUCCACCGGACGGCUCGCCCGGCAAACGAAGGGCAAGAAGGUCCCCAACCCCUGGCGUACGUUCCCCGGCCUACUCCGACAUAUCCGACGAUGCCGCGCCGACAGAGGGCGCCCCUGACCCUGAAGCAACUCAUCGACCUUUCCCAGUUUAUCAUCAGUACUACGGGCAGCCACCCUACUUGCCCCCGACGCAUCCUACGAGCGCUCCCCCUCCGCCAGACAAGGGGAAAGAAGAUCUGUCUAAAGGGGAUCCUAAAGGCGACCUUAAGGAUGGCAAACCAGACGGUGGACCGCAGAAGGUUCUUCCACCGCACUUUUACCCAUACAAUUACGUUCCAAAUUUUCCCUACAACGUGGAAUCCGGACCGCCCCCUGGGCCACCCCUAGAUGACAAAUCCAAGGAGUCAGACCGUUCCAAAACUACCCCAAGCCCACUCGAUAAGAGUAAACAGCAGAGGCCACCCGAUGGAAAGGACCCAAGUAGACCGAACGAGAAUCAUCAGAUCUUGAAAGAGAGUAUAGAAAUGAAAUCCCAAAUGGGACCCUACGCCUUCCAGAGACCUCCGCAUGCGAGAGAAGAGGAAUUGAGAAGAUACUACAUGAGUCUGGAGCAGCGUCGCAAGGAAGGCGGGGACAAGCCACUGGGCGCGCCGCCGGGGGCUCCGGGGCAAGCGGGGCCGCCUCGCCCGCAGCCCGCGCACAAGCCGAAGGACAAGGAUGACAAGCCUAAGGAGGAGGUUAAGGUCAAACAGGAAGGUCAGAAGCCGACGACGGAAACACAAGGGCCACCGCCGCCACCUACCUCCCAAUACUACCUACCGCCAUAUAUGCAACCGCCGCACUACGGAGCCCUGCCCUUUGACCCCGUGUACCGAGCUCCCUUGAGCCCUAUGCUGGUUGGCGGCUUCGGUGGCGGCUGGACGGUGCCAAGGUAUCAUGCACCCGAGGAUCUCUCACGACCGGGCGCGCCCACAAAGUUAGAGCUCCUACCACCGGGCCACGGAGCGCAAUACGCAUACGGGCCGCACUCCGCACCUCACAAGAUACAUGAAUUACAAGAGCACGCGAAGUCCCCGCAAGGCAAGCCGCCGAGGCCCGAGCCGCCGAAGGAGUCCCCUCGGUCGCCGCCCCCGCAGAGACAUGUGCACACUCAUCAUCAUACGCACGUCGGACUUGGGUACCCGUUGUAUCCACCGCCUUAUCCUGCGGCGGCCGUGCUAGCUAGCACGCAAGCGGUCGUCAAUUCCUUCCCGACUCCGCCCAAGUGAGAAAACGCGGAGUGCAAGAGCCGGCUUUAACUUUGUAUCGAACAGUCGUUCGAUAAACGAUAUAAAAAUGAGUGACCGUUAUGUCAAGUUUUCGAUAACAUUUCUAUCGAAAUAACACGGAUGCGACCAAACAAAAACUAUUUCCAUUGUGACAGUGAAAUAAACGAUACGUGUUUCGCUUAUGCCAGUAGCCAUAAUUAAAUACUGUGAUCUCGAGUGACCCAUGUGUAUGUGAUGUGCGCUUUGAAUGUUCUAGAAUGUGAACUAAUAGUUACCUGAGUUUUAGUUGGACCGUUGUGGUGUUGGACUCCCAAAUGGAUGUUGUGAAAGUGUAAACGUUGGAUGUUGGACGAUAAAGGACUUUAAUGCACCAACGUUUAGUUUUAUUUUUAAUGUAACUAGUGAAAGCACAAACUAGUUCUGUAAAUAUUAGUGUUACCUGUAAAUUGCCCUACUAUUUUAUUGUUCUGUUGAUCAAAAGUGUAAUAUAAAGCAAUGAACUCUCUCAUUCUUCCUCCGGGCGUUGUACUGAUGUUUGAAGCCCCGUAAAAAUUAUGCCGAAUUCAGUGUGUACUAAGAUCUUUAUUUAUAAAAAAGUGCAUUCCACAAACAAAAUCAAGCGUACCUAGUUUUAAUGUUAAGAUUAAUUGAUAUUUAGAUAAUAUAGUGUACUAAGAUUAAAGGCGUCAAUGUGAUCAUUGUAACAAUAUAGUGUGAGAUGGGGAAGAGAUUUCCUGUCAAAUUAAUGUGUGAAAAUAAUUAUUACAUAGUCUUUCUAUUAGCGUAGACGAACAAAGAUCCAUAAUUAAUAUUAUUCAUAGAAUGACUGAACACAAAACGCUUAAAUUAGUGUAAUAAUAAUAAAUAAUUAGUUACGAAAGUAUUUUAAUUAACAUAAAUUGAGUUGAGCCAAAAU